CCGAGCUUGAAGAUGGACGCUGGCAUGGACUGGCUUCACAGCUCGGGAGUGGACGCCAUCCACUACCUCCAGACGCACUACCAGAACUCCCAGCAGUGGUUUCUGUUCGUCUCCAACGUAGCAGAUCUCCGGAACACCUUCUUCGUCCUCUUCCCACUGUGGUUCCACCUACGCGAGAAGGUGGCCGUCCGGCUCAUCUGGGUGGCGGUCAUCGGGGACUGGCUGAACCUCGUCUUGAAAUGGGUCCUCUUCGGACAGAGACCGUACUGGUGGGUUCAUGAGACGCAAUACUACGGCAACACAUCAGCACCCCUCGUCGAGCAGUUCCCGGUGACGUGUGAGACGGGUCCAGGAAGCCCCUCGGGUCAUGCCAUGGGUGCUGCUGGAGUCUAUUAUGUCAUGGUGUCUGCGCUUCUUGGCAUCCUACUCAAAGAAAUUCAAGCAUCCAGUCCAGCGAAGAAGUGGUGUGCCCGGGGCCUGCUGUGGACGGUCUUCUGUGGGGUCCAGCUCUGUGUCUGCCUGUCCAGGGUCUUCCUUGCUGCUCACUUCCCACACCAAGUCAUCGCAGGUGUCAUUUCAGGUAUCUUGGUCGCCGAGGCCUUCAGUCGCAUCGAGUGGAUCUACAGCGCCAGCCUCAAGAAGUACCUCGUCACCACACUCUUCCUCUUCAGCUUCACUCUGGGCUUCUACCUGCUCCUGAAGGUGCUGGGUGUGGACCUGCUGUGGACCCUGGACAAGGCCAAGCGCUGGUGUGUGCGGCCCGAGUGGGUCCACAUGGACACCACGCCGUUCGCCAGCCUCCUGCGAAACCUGGGCACCCUCUUUGGCCUGGGCCUGGCGCUCAACUCUCCGCUCUACUUGGAGAAGUGCCACGGGAAACGGGACGAGAGCGCCCCCUUCAGGCUGGCCUGCAUAGUGACCUCGGUGGUGCUGCUGCAUGGCUUCGACUCCUUCCGACCCUCCACCCAAAUCGAGGGCCUCUACUACCUGCUGUCCUUCUGCAAGAGCGCCAUCGUCCCCCUGACCAGUGUGGCCAUCAUCCCCUAUGGCGUCUCGAACCUGCUGACCAGCAGUGGCAAGAAGCUGGUAUAAGACAAAGGAGGAAGGGGAGGACGGAUUUUAAAACACAGCAGCUGACCACACGUUUUACAUGGGACCACAGAUGGUCAGCUAUGCACUGGAGCCCUCCGCUCUUCCUCUCUCCUUCAUGCAACUGAACAUCCCACCGGCUGCCCAGAAAAGACAAACCACACAGACAGAUGGGCAAAUGUGCCACCGAGGAACAAAAGGAUACUGGCAAGGAGAGCAUCUUGGAGGGCUUCAGCUGAAUGCUGAGGCUGCCCACAUUUGGGGGUCACUCAUCUCCUGACAGAUAAUGAGCUUGGCCAGCAGGGUGGGCACAAUAUGAAGACGACAAGCCUGUUCUCCCCAGUCAGCUGGCCAGUCCGCAGACGGAGGUCCGCACUCGCCACACUCCCAGUCAGCCGGGGCCCCCCACAACACUCCAAGGCCUUAAGUUUCAAAUAAAACUCCCACCUUGUAAGUUCCAUAAACACUCAAAAGCAACUCAAAGCUACGCAUGGAAGAGCCAAACGGUCACACACAGGCAUGUGGUGGCCAAAGUGGCACCUGGGAAACAAAGAGCCAGCCUGCCAGCCACGACAGCCCCACCAUCUUAGCAUUAGCAGUUGUUCAUCAUCAAAGCUCCAAGGUGACAAGUGCCAUUAGGCACCUCCAGGGACAGGUGGACACCCUGACAAGUCCAAGGGUACGCCGGUCACAUUAAAGGGCAGAGGACAGUGGCCUGCCUGAGUGGCACACCAGCUGUUUUAUUUUGUUUUGUUUUUUUUAGUCAUUUUUUGUACCCAUUUUAUAAGGCGCAGAUUGCCCACAUCAUCCAAGUUUUUUAUUAUGCACCGAUAUAAAGUGCUCCAUUAUGAAAUAAAGUUUGCAAGUCAUGUUGAACCCUGA